AUGAGUGAAAUUGAAAAUGGUAUGAAAUUUGUUGAUUACCCUGACGAAGAUUUCUUAUUUGUUGAUGGAACUCGUCUAGGUUCAACAAUUCCUUCUGCAACUUCUGAUUCAGUAGUUGACGGGAUAGAAAACCAAAUAAAAAAUGAUACUAUUUCUUCUACAGCUUCUGCUACAUCUUGUAAAAGUAGUGAAACAAUGGCUACUAACACUCCACCAGGUACUCCAUCUACAACUACCAGAAAUUCAGCAAAUGCAGGCUCAGGUCUAUUCACCUUGUUUGAAAGUGAUUCAAUCACCAAAAACAAUAAUAGUAUUGAUAAAAUUAACGGCGGAAAUGAUGAGAAAAUCAACGGUAGUAAUGAUACUGAAGAAAUCAUCAAGGUAAAUGAUGAUAACAAUAACAAUAUUAACAACGAUGACGGUUUUGUACUGCCUCAAGAACAAAUACAACAAAAUGAUCACUUAUUAAAACCAUCAGACCAGAAUGAUGCUCAGCACUUGGCACAACAACCUAAUAAUACAAUUACGCUUGUUGUUCCAGGAGAAAUAGAAUCACACAAAAAUUCAUCUUAUGCACCUAAACAACGUGAUAAUUCACCAGCAGCAACAAAAUCCUCACCUUCACCUCAAAAGAAAUCCUCACAAUCACAUAAGAGAGCUUUAUCUACAGAAAUAGUAUACAAGCUUUUAGGAAAUAAUACAGCAUCAGAAUCAACAAGCUAUCUUGAUGAACUUAAUGUAAUAGAUUCUAGGAGUAAAAGGCACGACGGAAAGAGAAAAGCUUUAAGUUUGAUGGUUGAUUCGUUUAAAAGUCCUUCCGGUCAACCAAAUCUUAGUGUUUUAUCUAAUAACACCACUUUGACAACAAAAGAGAAAAGAAAAACUAUUUCAGCUACAUCAUCUGGUAGUUCAAAUGCUGCCAAGAAAGUCAUGGAUUGGUUUAGAAGAAAAUCUUUGGCUAAACAAGACAUUCCUAUUACAAUUGAUAAUGACAAUGUUGAACAAGCUGCAGCUUCAACUCCUGAUUUAACAUCAAAUAAUAACAAUGGUCGUUCGUCAAAAAACAACAUAUUUAAAAAACCAAAAAAUAACACCACCAACAACAAUCCUUCGGUAAUUGUCACUCAACCAAAUAGCAUUGCAAAUUCAUCAUCAUCAUCUAGACAAUCCACAAUGACGUCCAUAAAUCUAAACGUGGAUGCAAAACUUCGUGUACAUAAUGGCGCUUUGGAUCAGCUAGCAUUGACAGAGCGACCACCUUAUGAAGUAUUUAUAGUUGUUAAACAAACCUUGCUUAGUAUGGGUAUUGAGAUUAGACGUGAAGGCGAAUUCAAGGUAAAAUGCCUUAGGCGUAAACGUAAAGGAGGUGUACCUAUUGAUAAUAAUUUCUAUUCCAAUAACGACAAUAACGGUAAUAAGGGUACCUCACAAGUUUCAGAAUCAACAGAAUCAUUAGAUGUUAACACAGAAAAGAAACGUAAAAAAUAUUCUUCAACGCCUUUUAAAACCUUAUUGCGGCGUACAAUUCAAGUUUACAACAACAACAACAAUCUUUACCAGUUUAUUUAUGGAGACCCAACUGUAGAUUCAGGUGAAGAAGUUAGAUUUUCUGUGGAGUUGUGUCGAAUCAAAAAUUUACCUGGAUUGUAUAUUGUUGACAUAAAAAGAUUGAAGGGUAAUCGUUGGAGUUAUAAAUUCUUGUAUCACACACUUUUGGACAGAUUAGAUCUUAAGGGGCAAAGUGGUUAUUUAACUAUUGGUACAAGUGGUGGUCUGAUUUAUUGA